AUGGGCAUUAAAAACCUGUGGAGAGUUCUGCUGCUCACCGGUCUGCUUCUAACAGGUGUGAGGUGUGCAAAAGGUGCGUUUGUGUACAGCAGAGUCGGAGGCGACACCCUGCUGCCAUGCACUGGUCUGGUCUCUGCAGACUGCUCACACAUCUUCUGGACCUUCUACAAGGGCGGCCAGGUGCGGUACACUCAGGAGGUCAGCUGGGGACAGGUGAGGGCAGAGUCCGACAAAUCCAGCCGCAUGUCCAUCACAUCCAACUGCUCUCUCCACCUCCGUGACCUCAGGAUUGAUGAUGCGGGCUCCUACGUCUGCCUGCACCAGGGACAGACCAUCACUGAUGUUUACCUCUCACUCCUCACCAUCACUUCAGUUUCCAGAAUCACUGACCUGCAGCUGGGAGGAAACCUCAUCCUGAGCUGCAUCCUGUUCACUUAUUAUGAUGCUGGGAGCUGCAAAUCAUACUCCAGCGCAUUCAGCCUCAGCUGGGUGGCCAAGGACGGGACUUCACUGGCCACAGACAGCAGGUAUGAGCUGACUGGCCAAACACGCUGCAACAUCACUCUGGUAACAAAACUCCAGAUGGAGGACAACAACAGGAAGUGGAGGUGCCAGGUGAACACCACAGAAACUAGCAGAGCAGCAUUUCAGGACUUCACAUCCACCUUUUUGUUUCAAAAUCCUCCCAUUGUCCAGAGUCUGACUCCGUCAGCUGCCAUGCAUUGUCCAGUCCAUUUGCCCAUCAGCCGCAUCGUGCUCUGUGUGGCUCUGCCUGUCAUGGUGAUCAUAGUGGGACUCUUCACGUGGAGAAACGACCGUAAGAGGGCCAAAAAAACUGCAGCCAGCGUCAAGUUCAGGGAAACUUGUUGAUCACUGUAUCUAUUCUUGUGUUGGUUUGGCCCUUAAUCAGGAUUCUCUACUUUUUUGGUCCCAUGGAUCUGGACAUGUUCCAAAUGUGUUGUGUUACAAUUCAGAUUUGGCCCAAAAGUAUAAACUUCACAUUAAGCACAUGAAUCAUAGCUAAAAGCAGGAAGCUUCAUUUGUUUUGUGUGGUAACAGGCUGUACUGCCACAACAGUACAGUUUUAUAGUUUAUUAAAAACAUUUUUCAAAUUUCAAAACCUAAAACUAUUUUGGGUGAUCGCUGAAAUGAACCAUAAAGGUAAGUACAAAACAAAACAAACUCCUGCACCUUGUUUUUUAUUUAUAACGGCAAGAUUACGGUCAUAGCAUUUAUCAGGCAACAAAUAGUAAUGUACAGAUAUGACAGUUUGCAAGUGUAUAUCAUUUUACACAGAAACUGGAAAAAUCAGACAUGAUACUCAGAGGCAACAACAGCACAAACAUCAUUCUUCUGUGUAUACUUUAUUAAAUUUAUAUUUAAAACAUCUUGGAAAUUUUGUAUGUUACUUGAAGUUUAAAAU